GUUCGAUAUAGGCAUUAGAGGACGGUGGCAACGUCUGCAUUGCGCGCUGCGCCUAUUUUCCUGAACAGCGCAACCAUGCAAGUGCAGCAGAAGCUAGGCGCCUCCCGGGCCAUGAAGGCCAGCCGCAACGUCCAGCGUGUAUUUGCGGCGCACUCGGACAUUCGCAAGGAGGCUGCGCUGCGUGUGCCCCUGGACAAGGCGCAUACCUUCAACGCCAAGUUCGUUCCCUUCGCGGAUGUUCAAAGCAACAAGAUGUCCCCAGAGACUUACUCCCUGGACGACAUCGUCUACCGAUCGCGGGACGGCGGCCUGCUGGACGUGCACCAUGACAUGAAGGCCCUGGCACAGUAUGGCCCAGACUACUGGCGUGCGCUGUUUGAUGCUCGCGUGGGCACGACCGCUUGGCCCUUUGGCUCGGGCGUGUGGAGCAAGAAGGAGUGGGUUCUGCCGGGCCUGUCGGACGACGACAUUGUGUCCAUGUUUGAGGGCAACAGCAACCUGUUCUGGGCGGAGCGCUUCGGCCGGGAGGCACUGGGCAUGACCGACCUGUGGGUGAAGCAGUGCGGCAACAGCCACACGGGCUCUUUCAAGGACCUGGGCAUGACCGUGCUGGUCUCUCAGGUGAACCGCAUCCGCAAGCUGAAGCCCGGCAGCAUCACUGCCGUGGGCUGCGCCUCCACCGGCGACACCUCUGCCGCCCUGUCCGCCUACUGCGCGGCCGCCGGCAUCCCCUCCAUCGUGUUCCUGCCCGCGGACAAGAUUUCGCUGGCGCAGCUGGUGCAGCCCAUCGCCAACGGUGCGCUGGUGCUGUCCAUCGACACCGACUUCGACGGCUGCAUGCGCCUAAUCAAGCAGGUGACCGCCGAGACGCCCAUCUACCUCGCCAACAGCAUGAACUCGCUGCGCCUGGAGGGCCAGAAGACCGCCGCCAUCGAGAUCCUGCAGCAGUUCGACUGGCAGGUGCCCGACUGGGUCAUCAUCCCCGGCGGCAACCUGGGCAACAUCUACGCCUUUUACAAGGGCUUCAAGAUGUGCAAGGAGCUGGGCCUGGUGGACAAGAUGCCGCGCCUGGUGUGCGCGCAGGCGCAGAACGCCAACCCGCUGUACCAGGCCUUCUCCAAGGCCCAGGGCUCCAACGCCGCCAUCAAGGAGUCGUACGAGCCCAUGAAGGCCAAGAUGACCUUCGCCAGCGCCAUCCAGAUCGGCGACCCCGUGUCCAUCGACCGCGCCAUCAUGGCGCUCAAGGACACGAACGGCAUCGUGGAGGAGGCCAGCGAGGAGGAGCUGAUGGACGCCGCCGCGCGCGCUGACCGCACCGGCAUGUUCAACUGCCCACACACCGGCGUGGCGCUGGCGGCGCUCACCAAGCUGCGGGAACGCCAGGUCAUCGGCCCCAACGACCGCACGGUCGUGGUGUCGACGGCGCACGGGCUGAAGUUCACGCAGAGCAAGGUGGCGUACCACAGCAAGCAGGUGCCGGGCAUGACAUGCCAGUUCGCCAACCCGCCGGUGCAGGUCCGCGAGGACCUGGGCGCUGUGAUGGACGCCAUCAAGACCAAGUUCAAGCUCUAGGCGUAGAGCUUGAGCUAAGACCUGGGCUUGGGUUUGGGCUAGUUAGCAUGGCGGGAGGGCGUGCCGCAGCCUGCUGGCCGGCGCACCGCGACCAGCAGCGGCGGCAGAAGCAGAAGCCGCAGCGGAAGCUGGCAGAAGCCGGAGAGCUGCUCGGAGAGCAUGCUGCAGCGGCUGGGCUCGUUGGCAAGGGUGAUAAGGGUUACCUGGGUUUGGGCUGGAAGGGUGCGGCGGAGGGCCUGGCAGCGGCGUCAUUGCGGCGUGGAGCGGCGCUGCCCGCGGCGGUUGUAGCAGCCGCUGCUCCUCGAUGGGCACGGGCUGGCAGGAGCACGGCGGCUAGGGGUAGCCGUGGCAGUGGCGGACGGCACGUAAGCGGAGCCAGGUUCCGGCGUCAGCUAGCGGCUUAACAUUUGCUGCCGCCGGUACCUGAGCAGCAACGGGCGCUGCUAUGGAGCUGGGAACUUAUUGGACCAGCUCUUUUGCCUGGUUGGGAUCAGCAGCAGCAGCCUAGGGGAGCGCCGUGUGAACGACCUGGCCGCCGUGAGUAGCAGGAGGCUGUGGCGUUGCUCCGUGCAAGCGCUCAGCUGGACGUGUCUGGAUCGCUUUAACGCGGUGACGCGUCCGGAGGCUGGAGGUGUGGGUGUUGGCCCGAGGGUGGUCGCCAUGCUGCUCAUGGCGAGGGGCCCGCAUUGCCCGCGGCAGCAGGGUUCGCAUCUGACCGUUGCUUGGUGCAGGAGGUAAAUUGGGCUGGUGGAUGUGCCGAUGCGGUGUGUACUCGCCGGCCAAGGACUCGCGCCCGCUUUGUGCACUUUGAGCUGUUGUUGACGUGGUACCGGGCAUGGUGCCUGUGAUGCGGGUGGCGUGUAUGACCAACGCGUGUUCCUUUGACUACGUGUGUUCGUGUGUGUGGUACAUGUGCAGAUGAUGCAGAUAAGCUUCGAUGUCUGAGCGUGCUGAUUACCAGAGUAGGAAAGCGCUGCGUGUGGGGAGGACAGGGCAGAGCUAACAGACAAAUGAAUGAGAGAAAGGUGGGCAUCUCGUGCCGAGAUGCUGCUUUGUUCGGGCCCCGAACCUUUGGUGCCGGGGCGUGUGGAGCGAAUACAGAUCAAGUGUUGCCAGACGCACGAACGUCGGCAACUUAGUGCCGUGCAGGUACUAGGCGUCGAGAUGAUUGUCUGGGGUCCGUGUGUUCGAGGUGCGGACAGCGACUCCGGUGAUGCGCACGUUCAUAAUAGACAGGAGGGUGCAUGCGGUAGACGUGCUGAGUCGAUACGGCGGUACGCAGGAUGAUGAAAGGCUGUAAGCCCUUGAAGCAGAGCGCUUGCUUGUGCGGAAACAGGUGAGGAUGGACGGGUGGGCCUGCCUCCGAGCCCCAGCUGUAAUGCAACCAAUCU